AUGAGCGGACAGCCUCCAAUUCGGCCAGAACAAGGAUCCUACGGUCAGUUCCAGGUUGCAACGAGCCAGCCCAAGACCCUCUACAGCCGAAGCAAAGACAUCCUGGCAAAGCUCCGCGAGUCAAUUCCCCAGAAUGAGAUUCAGUGGCAACAGGCCCGUGACCUUCACGGUUACAGUACAGCAGGGAAUGUACUCCAAAAGACAAGAGACAUAUUGGAAAACAGAAUCACGAAGCAAGAUCUGCGGAACUUCUUAACAAUCGCAUCUUGUUGUGUUGAUUGGCAUCUGGGGAGAAAGCAAGAGGCUUACCAAAAGUUCAAGAUGCAGAUCAGUGCUGCAACCGAACUGACGAUACAGAAGUACAUGUCUUCCUUGCGUGCCAUGGUCCAAGCCAUGGAACCAGUGUACCUUCGAGGACCACGUCAUCGCGUCUUUGAAGGGACUCUUUUAUAUUCACGUAUUGGGCCAUCGUUUCUUACGCACUAUACCAAAGAGACAGGAGCGUUCGAUUCCUGUUUCCCGGCUUUUAGUUGCACACACCCUGAAACACAGGCGUCAUUGCCCCUCGCACCGGCAUUUAUUCUCAAGUAUCGACAUCCUCAGCAAAGCUUUGGGGAUAUUUGCGCUGCUCUGUGUACGGAAGUCCUCGACGAGGAUGAUUAUGCUAAAUUUAUCUGUGUUCUUGAGAGUGGACGGCCAAUACCAACAGUGCUCUCGCUGCCAGCGAAAGCCCCCUAUACUGCUCUUUCUGUUAUCAAAUGUCAGCCCGAGCCAGCCGGAGAUGAUCAAAGGGCUUCUGCAAACCCCGUCGAUGAUUUAGACAUGUUCGCGCUCCCAAAGAGCUUCCCCUUAGUCUACAAGGUAUUCGGUAUCUCAGACGCCGUUCAGCAACUAUUACAAGAAGUAACUCACCGAAUCAACUACGAAAGUCUACGAGAAGUGCCAAAUACACCACUGCUUGAAUUUCAAUGGACUGAUAAUUAUGACAUGGUAGUUGAUCAAGUAGUUGUUGACUUGAUUGAACAAAACAUCCUGCCACAACAGCCUUUUCGAAGGUUCAAGUCGUUCUAUCGACAUAAGCCCGGAUCAAUCUCUGUUCCCUCUGGUUGGAUCAAGGUUAUUGUGCCCAUCACGUUGGUUCAUCAAGUCUGUCAUGUUUCAAUAGCUACGACAACUGUUGCGAAGCAAAAUAUCACAUGGGACACUAAGGUGGGGUUGAUCCUUGGCAGCGAUGUCUUAUUCUCAACAUCUCAGCAAAUCUUGUAUCAUUCUAUAUCUAUUCCUCUUGGCUCUGACAAUAGGUGAAGAAUUAAUCUAUCAGCCACAGAAUAUCACUGUAAAUAUUAACAUUCUGACCAUGUGCAAUACCUCUAACAUUCGCACCAACACUGGCUUUGGGG